CGGGCAUUCUGGGUAACGGACUGUUUACUUCCGGCGGCUGUGGAGGGUGCGGCCGCAUCUGCUGGUCUCGUUCCGGGGCUGCGGGAAAGAUGGCUCUGGAGACGGUGCCGAAGGAUCUGCGGCAUCUGCGGGCUUGCUUGCUGUGCUCGCUGGUGAAGACUAUAGACCAGUUUGAAUAUGAUGGUUGUGACAAUUGUGACGCAUACCUGCAGAUGAAGGGUAACAGAGAGAUGGUAUAUGAUUGCACCAGUUCAUCUUUUGAUGGAAUCAUUGCAAUGAUGAGUCCAGAAGACAGCUGGGUCUCUAAGUGGCAGCGAGUCAGUAACUUUAAGCCAGGUGUGUAUGCGGUGUCGGUCACUGGUCGCCUGCCCCAAGGAAUCGUGCGGGAGCUGAAAAGCCGAGGAGUGGCAUACAAAUCCAGAGACACAGCUAUAAAGACCUAGUGAGAUGCAGGGCUGUGGCACUUUGGCUCUCCACUUCCUGCCUCUGCUUGUCUUCUGGAAGGAACUGCACGGGCAGAACUUCACACCUCCUGCCCUCAAGCUCAGAGCUUUGGCAGACAGCUGAGAAAGCAGCACAUCAUCUCCUUGGGCCAUUUCACUUUUUGUGCACUGCAGGUGGAAGUGGAAGGGUUUGGGUUGGAUUUUCAGACUAAAUGGACAAGAGAUUUUCCUCCCUGUGCCCAGGGCUGUGCCUUUGCCCAUGGGCAUGACUUUGGAUCAAAUGCCAAUAAACAUGAACCCCUGGGAAGAUCUUAAA